UGUUUUUUAAAGAGAGAAAAAAAAAAUAUUAGUGGAAAUAAAGUGAGCAUAUAUAUAUAUAUGAUGACUUCUGAGAUUCAUACAACAAAGCAAAAUGACUACAGAAACAAUUAUACAAGGAGCGAUUUUGGCACUGACCUUUGUUACGUUUUGGGCGAUUAAGUAUCUCUCUCAAAGAGGCCUAACCAAAUUUCGAAACAAACACCGAGCCACACUCCAAACCCAGCGUCAGCUCAUCCAAGCCUCACGUCUCCUCGCUCGAGCCCGAACCACACCUAAGAAAUCCCAAUCUCAAUCUCUCGCCAAGACGGCGCUCAGUGAAGCCGACGAUGUGAUCUCGAUUUCACCGGACGAUGCAGCUGGUCAUAUCGUCCGUGCCUUAGCUCUAGAUCUGCUUGGUCACCACACCUCUGCUCUCAAAUCGUUCGAUACGGCGCUGACUUAUCCGCGUUUGAAGUCUCUUUCGGUGGGAGAACGCGCCGAUGCGCUUGUUAAAAGAGCUGAGAUGAAACUGGCUGUGAAUCGGCGACGUAGGAUUGAUUCGGCGAUUGAGGAUCUGGAAGAGGCGGUGAGGCUUGCCGCCGGCACGGAUACGGCGAGACUAUUCCGUCUACUGGGCGAGUGUUAUGAGUUCAAGGGCUUGAAUGAGAAGGCCCAUUGGGCUUUUAAUGAAUCUUUAAAAGUCGCAACCAAGUUCAGCAACGGCUCGUGAUGGAUAAGAAAAAAAAGACCGGACUUAAUAUAUCUCUUUGAAUUUUCUCAUUGUACCCUGCUACUUUUCGCUAUUUUUGUUUUGCGGCUAUAACUUUAGUAAAAUGCUUUCAUGACCCCUACAAGAGCUUCUCCCUUGUAUUUAAAGAGUGUUCAUUCAAUUGUGCUUUUAGAACUAUGAAAAUGGGAGAAGGUAUUUCAUAAAUGGAAACAGAGUUACUCCGAUAAG